AGCUUGAAGAAAAACUCAAAGAGAAAGUAGACACCAGCCUCGUAGAACGGAUCAACCUGAUGGGAGAGAUGGAUACCUUCAGCAUAGUCAUUUCCAACAGUAUCCAGCUUCUGGUGCAGGAUUUGGAUGCUGCCUGUGACCCAGCGCUCACCGCCAUGAGCAAGAUGCAAUGGCAGAACGUGGAACACGUCGGAGACCAGAGUCCCUAUGUCACCUCCGUAAUCCUUCACAUCAAGCAGAACGUCCCCAUCAUUCGUGAUAACCUGGCCUCGACCCGGAAGUAUUUCACACAGUUUUGCAUCAAGUUUGCCAAGUGAGUG